AAGGCACCCUUCAAGGCUACUGGUCAACUACUCAGCAUCCAUGCUUUCAUCCUUAAAGACGGUCAGCGCAAACAGUUACCUUUGGCGUUUGCCUUGAUGUCAAGGAAAACAGAAGCUGACUACAUCGCAGUUCUCCAAUCCCUGAAAGAUCGGAUGGUUGACCCUGUUGUUGCUCAUUUUGUAGUUGAUUUUGAAGUUGGUGCAUGGUUGGGUAUCAGAAGAGUCUUUCCAGGAGUCAAAAUAAAGGGGUGCGUGUUCCACUGGACCCAAGCAGUGUGGCGUCAUGUACAGGACAACGGUUUGGUCAGGGCGUAUAAGCACCAGCAGUCUGUUCACACCUACAUCCGUCAGCUCAUGGCGUUGCCAUUCCUACCAACAACACACAUCAGGGACACCUUCAUCUCAUUGCAGAACCGUGCCAACACACCACAACUAAGUGACCUUGUUGCCUACAUGGAUCGACAGUGGUUCAACAAUGGAGUCAUCCACAUUGCUGAUUGGUGCAUCUUCAAGAGAUCUGUACGCACCAAUAAUGAUGUAGAAGGAUGGCACAACAGGCUGAACACUGCUGCAAAACAAAGUGGUGUCCCGUUCUACACCCUAGUCCCCGACUUGAUGAAAGAAGCUGAGGUUGUUGACAUCAGCGUGCGUUCCGACGACUUAGAGCGAGAUGUUCACCGCCGCUACACAGUACUAGAACAGAAGAUACAGACCUCGUGGGAUUCUUACAUGGAUGGAGCAAUGUCAACUACCCACUUCCUUAAGGUGAUCUCCAGACUGUAUGGGCCAUCAGACCAACCAGCUGACGAUGUUCUGCAACAGUAGACUUUUGAACUUUGAACUUUGAUUAACUUUGAAACUUGUGCUAUAGUUACUUGAAUAUUCAUGUUAUAUUGUAUAUGUUUAUGACUGAUGUAUGAUUCUGGUUUUUCUAAAAUAUUUUAGUGCUCUUUGAUAUUUUAUAAAGCAGUUAUUCUAAACAGUUUAGUGCUGUUUUUUAAAUGAAUUA